CUGAUUAUUAAUAAUUGCUUUUGUUUAAACAUUAUCGAAGUGUUUUGGUAGGUUACGUUGCUCACAUUGACUGACGUAAGUUGGCAGAACUGUCGGUAUAAUUUUCAAAAACUUGGACGACGAAAUGGUUGAGUUGCGGUACGUGGAUUUGUUGCGAAUAGGAUGCAACAAAGAAGAAGCGGAGAUGACAUUAAGGGUGUACGACGAUUUGUGCAACGGCAAAAAGUAUUCAGAUAUAGCAAUUGAACACAAAACAGGGUUCGGCCCAUUUUUGUAUGGGGCAAAAACAGGGGCUGAUCUGGCUGAGUGUUUCGUCCCAUUGCUUACAGGGCAAAUUAAAUUCAGCCUUCAAACACAAGAAAUAUUAAAGGAACACGAAAAUUACGCCAGUGUUCAUAUGGUAAUUGUUGCACCAGAUAAGAUCUCCUAUCAUGAGAUUUCAUCCAAUUUGGUUGACUUGAAAAAGAGACAAGCGGAAGAUAUUGCGAAACAUAAACGCAAUUUGAUUUCUCUGGAACUAAAGAAGCAUGUAAAAUACCUGGAACAGUUGGAUAAAAUUAGGAAAUUGAAGAAAAUGUCUCAUUAGUUUUGCCAAUAGAUUAUAUGUGUAUACAUUGCAGUAUAUCAUUGACAAAAAUAAUUGUUUAUUAUUUAUACAUUUAAAUUUAAUUGAAUCUGGUAUAGUUACAUACUACUAGUUAUACAGUACACAAGUUCAAACAUGUUUGUAAAUAUGUAAUCUUUGUUGCAUAUUAUUGAACUGGGAAUAGAAGAUUUUACUAUAUCAAUUGGUUUGGUUAGAUGAAUAUUACAAUUAACUGUAAAUAUUCAGAGAGAGAAUACAAUCAGUUUUUGUUUUGUAACACUAGUGACACAAUGUACAAGUUCAAACACAAACUAUGUAAGUAGGUAAUCGGUGUUGCAUACUAUUGAAAUGGGGAUAUGUAAAAUACCUUCUUAUGAAAGUGAAAUCAUGUAUAUUUAUUAAUACAGACACACAUUAAAUA